CUCCCAUGCUCUCUUGCGACGUUCUAGACCCCAGCGGCUCGUGCGCGCCGUCGCCAUUUUGAAACUCGCGUGAGCUUCCACUUCUGCAUCAAGAGGCGUCGGCGCCGGCGUCGGCGUCGGCAAUGCGGCAUGCCAGAGGAACGGAGAUGGGUGCCAAGCCAAAGAGGGCGGACCGGUCGUGCGAGCAUUCAUGCCGCACUGCUGUCAAGGGGAGCGCAGGGGAUGAAUGCGGAGCCGCACGCCGCACGCUGCAGAGGUCUGGACACAGCGGCUCUGUCGCACGGCUGGCCCGCAGUGCAGGACUCCAGGAGGCCACGGCGAGAGCGUCCCGUGUCGCCGAUUGUCUGCUCGCCGCCACCUGGACAGAGCGUACCCCUGCGGCAUGCGAUGCCUUCGAGAAGCGCCACCCGUGAGGCAAAACACAGAAAGGAGGCGGCGUAGGUUGCACCUCCGACCGUGGGUGGUACAGCGACGGGAGGCGCGGGCGUACGGUGCCUCGAGCGCUCCUCGUCGCCUUUCGCUGCGUCUUGGGCGCCGGGGCCGCCUUUGCCG